UAUGACACAUUCAAAAUAACCAACAAAAACAAGUACAUUUCUUGUUUUCAUAAGUGAUAUUAAUUAUUGAUUCUUUACAGGAGAACUAUGAUAAGGCGACCUAAACCAGGUGAGGAUGAAGAAGACAUAUUACGUAUGCAGGAAGAGUUUCUUAAAGAUAAAAAGGUAUUACCUUCAGCUCAAGUUGUGAAUAUAAGAAAAACAGAACAGCAGACCGUAAAACGACCGAGUCAAAGCACAUCAACACGAAAACCAUCAAAAUAUGCUCAAUCUAAGGGGCUCACCAAUGUUCCGGCAUUGGUGAGCAAACGUCCACGUACCGACACUAGCAGUGGAUCUAUUGUAGGAGAAAUAUUAGAAAAGAAUGUUUUAGAAUCGCAAACAAAGCCCGAACAAGAUGAUGAUAAAGUCUACUAUCCGAAAAUCAUAUCGUCCGUUCUAGGUCCUAUAGUGGAAAAGAAUUGUGAUGAUCUUUUUAACUUAGAUUUUAAGCCAAUGCCUCCUACCGGCUUCCCUUUAGUUACCAAACGAGAUCCAAAUUUAAAAUGUAGUGAAUUUUUAACUGCAAUACAAAAUAAGCACAAGGAUAUGCUGGAGAGUAUGGAUAUAGAUCCAUUGUGCUCUAAAUUUAAUACAGAAAAUUCAAAACCAAUAAAUGUUCCAUUAAAGAGUUACACUAUCUCAAGUAAUGAUGCAACAGUUAUUCACAAUGAAAAUGUUAAAGUUUUGAAAGAAAUGUCUGAGGAUGAGAUAUUAAAGGAACAGCAAAAAUUACUCUCUAGUUUAGACUCUAAAUUAGUAGACUUUAUUAAAAGCAAACGAAGGCCUACUAAAGAACAUGAAUCUGUUAAAACUGAAGUUGAACACGAAGAGAAAAUGGAUAUUGAAUCUUCAUUUGAAAGAGAUUCCUUCUGGGAAAAUGAUGUUUUGUCACACCCUCAAGUUAAUAAAUGGGUUAAUUUUGAAAAGUUAGAAAAAGACAAGUUGGAAUGGAUGAAAGGAAUAGAUGAGAACAAAAAAGCUGAUCCUGAUCAUCCAUAUGAAGCAAGAUUUGAUUUUACAGGCUAUCUGCUCCCUUAUAGUAUGGAAUACACAGAUAAAACUAAACCUCUGUUUCAUCAUGGUGAAGAACCCCAUAGACCAGGAUAUACACUUAUGGAACUCUUUGAACUAUCCAGAUCCACAAUCAUACAGCAGAGAGCCACAGCUUUAAAUACAAUAGCAGGUAUCCUCGAGUACCACAGCACAGGAAUAUACAAGGAUAUCAUAAAUAUACCAUUAAGCAAAAUGUUUUUCAUAAUAAGAAUUGCGAUGGAUGAAAACAAAUUAAUUCUUCUAGAACCUGCACUUAAAGCUAUGAGAAACUUAUUAUUCAAUCGAAUAGAUGAAGCCUGUCUUGAUGCAUUGAUAGGGUUUGAGGAAGGCAAUUAUCAGCCAUGUCUUGAAAAUGACAAAUCAGAAAUUGAGGAAAUGGAAUCAACAGAAUCCGAAUUAAAAGAUUUUCACUUAGCAGAAAUAGAUCUCAUAGCUGCAGUUUUAAGAUCUGACAUUAUACAAAGGCUAUAUUACAUUCUAGAAAAUGUCAGACCAAGUUUCAAUUGUGUGCAGUAUUCGAUACAGAUUUUAAUUAGACUAGCCAGGGACUCCAUAGAAACAGCAACUAAAAUUAUUGAAAGUGACCACCUAAUGAAGAGCAUUGUAACAAAUUUUAUACCUAACACAAGCAUUAAUUUUACAUUUGAUCCUAACAUAAUAUACAAUGGUAAGCCAAUUUUGGCUGCUCUUAAGUUAAUGAGAGUUCUAUCAUUGCAAUCUAGAGAAAUUGGAGCAAUUCUCAUAUCAAAAUAUGAUCUUCUAAAGCCCAUAUCAGAAUAUAUAAAUUCUGGGGUUGAUGGGACUUAUGGUUUGAGAUUACAAAUUGAAGCCUACAACAUUGCAUCAAAUUUACUUUAUUAUGGUUUGGGUGUUGAAAAUACUCAAUCCUUAUAUCCACUCAUUGUUAAUACAUUAUACAAACACGUUCAAGGAACUGAUGUUUUCUUUAGUUCCUCUGUUUUAUCAGCAACUCACGCAGCUGUUGUUUUACAGUAUGUAAAUAUGUUCUUAAAGUGUAAUAUGUUGAAUGAUGAUAACUAUAAACAUCAAAUAUAUCUCCUUCUUAAGGAUGGAGUCCAAAAAUGGUUAAUGCAAACUGCUCAUUUUGAUAACUAUACAUGUGGACAUUUACGAUUGCUCUGCUCAGCUUUGGACUGCUGUAAAACAAUCAAAAUAAAUGAAAAGAUUACCAUCAAAUUCUUGAACAAUACUUUAAGGAUUUUGUCUGAAUCAAAAGGAUUUCAAAUUAUUAUAGAGAAUUUGAAUUCCAGCUCAAACCUUUUAUCAAAUAUUACAGAAAAGGAUUUCAAUAAAUCCAAGAAUCUUGUAAGCCUUGGAGGAUCAAUAAUUGAUUCAACUCAAAAAGUACUGCCUGUUUUGAGUAUUGCGUCACCAAUACCACUCUUGGUUUCACUAUUUCAACUUUUGAAUGUUGUUAAUGAUGGCGAUAUUGGUAAAGUGUAUGUGAAAAAAGUUUUGAAUUAUUUGGAUAAAUUUUCCAAGAAAACUCCAAACUUAAAAAGCAAUUGGUUUACCAGAAUGGAAAUAGAAUUGAUGUUUAACAUUAUUAAAUUAGCUAUACAGAGUAAUGUAACUGAAUCUUGCAAAGAUCUUAUUUACUCUGUGGCUAGUAAACUUUGUUACAUACUAAGAGUUGAUAAAAAAAUUGAGCUAGAAUAUUUGUUUCAUCACAUUAUAUUCAACAAACAAUGGUUCACAGCUGAGAGAUUAUUGAAUCUUGUAUCAUUUUCAGAAGUUGAUGGUUUAAGUAGAGCUCUUACUACUGUGGAAGAUAUAAGAAUUUGUUACAGUAAAGUUGUGAGCACAAUGCAACUAAACACAGGAGGGAAUAUUGUUUUGAAACAGUGGCAAGAGCCAGUGUUACCUAGAGACUGGAUUUAUUUACCUAUACUAUCUCUAUAUAGUAAAAGUCAAGAAAUAAGAACCACCCCUGAAGUUGUUGGAGAUCAUGCAAAUAAAUUGAAGGAACAACAAGCAAUAGAAAAGGAACUUAUUAUAAGAUGCUGCUUAGAAUGGAUUUUGUUUAAUGAAAUUUGUUUUCCUGAUUUGUUGGAUGAUAUAGAUGUCACAGAUAGAUAUUGUAGAAUAAUGUGUGUUUAUCUUAGUGAUAACUCACUAUUUUUAGAAGAAACAAUCAGUGCUCUUUUAAAGAAAUGUGUACAAAUUAUUUUUAAGAAAAGCAAUGAGUUUAAUUUUGACAAACAAUUGAUAGGUCUUAAUAAUUUCCAAGACCUCUAUACUCAGUUUUUGGAACAAUUCCAGUCUGUGAGUUAUGGAGAUUCUAUAUUUGCUGCUUGUGUUUUGGUUCCGCUUGCUCAGAGACAUAAUGUUAAAUGGCGAAAACUUUUAUGGUCAGAGUAUGCAGGAUGCUUAAGAGCUCUCGAUUGCCCAGAGAGUUAUUUAUGCUACGAAUUAAAUGACUACCUGUAUCCAGAAGAAACAGAUGAAUCACUUAUAAAGUCUUAUUUCAGAGCACUAUCCAGCAAUUUAUUAAGACCUGGGACAAUUGCUUAUAAAAUAGCCCAACAUCAUGUUGAUAAUUAUAAGAAAAAAUAGUGAUUAAAUAAUAAAUUUUGUAAGAAGUUA